AUGGGCGCCAAGGAAUUCUUCAAGAAGCGCUCCCUCAAGGCCGACGACUCGCGACGGACAAGGGCUGCCGAGCUGACCCUGCGCGAGUCCAUCUUCCCCAUCUGCCUUGUCACCGUGCUCUUCUUCCUUUGGGGCUUCAGCUAUGGUUUGCUCGAUACCCUCAACAAGCACUUCCAGACGGUGUUGCACAUAGAUCGUGCGCGCUCCUCCGGCCUGCAGGCCGCUUACUUUGGCGCAUAUCCCCUGGCAUCCAUCGGACACGCUGCCUGGAUCCUGCGUCACUAUGGCUACCGGGCGGUCUUUAUCUGGGGGCUCUGCCUUUACGCACUCGGUGCGAUCCUUGCCAUUCCGGCUCUGAAGGGCAAGAGCUUUGGCGGGUUCUGCGCCUGCAUCUUCAUCAUUGGUAAUGGCCUGGGCUCACUGGAGACGGCUGCCAACCCCUUCAUCACAGUGUGCGGCCCACCACGCUACUCCGAGAUCCGCAUCAACAUCUCCCAGGCUUUCAACGGCAUCGGCACGGUGAUUGCGCCAGUCCUGGGCUCUUACGUCUUCUUCAACUUCAGCGAUGAGCGGGCUUUGGACAACGUGCAAUGGGUCUAUCUCGCCAUCGCCAUCUUCGUCUUGCUCCUUGCCACGGCCUUCUUCUUUGCUAACAUCCCCGAAAUUACGGAUGCCGAUAUGGAGUACCAAGCCAGAGAGACACAUACCGAUGCCGACGAGAAGCCGUUCAUCAAGCAGUACAAGCUGUUCCAUGCCGCGUUUGCGCAGUUCUGCUACACCGGCGCCCAGGUUGCCAUCGCCAGUUUCUUCAUCAACUACGCGACCGGUACACGCCCAGGCACCAGCGACUCGAUGGGCUCCAAACUCUUUGCGGGAGCGCAAGCCGCCUUCGCCAUCGGCCGUUUCUCCGGCGUCGGAAUUAUGAAGUUUGUGAAGCCGCGAUGGGUUUUCCUGGCCUUCUUGACGUGCUGCAUCAUCUUCAUCGGCCCGUCGAUCACGCAGGGCGGCAACAUCGGCAUCUCGAUGCUCUACGUGGUGCUCUUCUUCGAGUCCAUCUGCUUCCCCACCAUCGUCGCGCUCGGCAUGCGCGGGCUAGGCCGCCACACCAAGCGCGGCAGCGGCUACAUCGUCGGCGGCGUCGUCGGCGGCGCAUGCGUGCCCCCGCUCACGGGCUUGGCCGGCGACAAGCACGGCGACGGGUUCGCUAUGCUGGUACCCAUGAUGUUCCUGAUUGCGGCCUGGACGUACGCGCUGUGCGUCAACUUCCUGCCCUCGUACGUCAAGGUGGUCGAUUCGUUUGGCGAGGCCGAAAUCGGCAUGCACGGCCACAGCGAGGACAUGGAGAACGGUGGUCUGCACGCCGUGGACGAGAAGGCCAACGACGAGCACAUUGGAAGCGGGCAUAGCAACCAGACGGAAGAUGUUCAGACAGAAGCAGCAGUCAAGGCCAAGUCUUGA